CUCGCCGAUGUUUCGCCGAGCCGGAUGGAUAGCCGGUGAUACAUAUGCGGUUUCGGUUUCUUCCAUGCGCAAGAGUGCAAGAGUAAAAUCGGGCGAAGCUUACGAGGAGGAUAUUGGUCAAGUAAUAACUACGAAACGGAGGAAAACGUGCAACCGUGCGCGCGCGACCGUGAUAUACAUACGUGUGUAACAUGCGCGUCAUUUACGCGAUGCACGAGUGAACUCGGUGAUACGGUGACUCCCGGCGGCUGGCCUCUCUCUCUCUCUCUCUCUGUGUAUGUGUGUGUGUGUCGUACGCGCUUGUGCCCUAUUCUCAUGUGUGAGUACACGUGCAUGCUGCCUUCUUUUAGUUUUUUCAUCCGUGUAUAUCGCGCGAGUGUGUAUGCGUGCCAGUGACUCCCGGUGUGAUGCUCACACUGGGUGGGAAGCGAACGUACGCGCGCGCGCGCGCGGAGUAGUUGGUCGCAUGUUACGAGCAUCCACUACCUGUCCUAGGAGUCGUACUAUAACGACGCCUAUACCGUCUCUCUUCUAUUUAUACGACGACCAUACACGACUCGUACUCUCUUCCUAUCCCCUUGCUGCUCUUUCGUCUUUCUUCCUCCACGUCCGUUCCCUCCCGCUCCACUGUCUCUCUUUCUCCCUGCCCCUUCUUGGCAUGCAUUAAUUCCCCUACCCACCAAUCGUCCCGCCGGUAUAUCGGCUCCUUUUCUUUUUCCCUUGUCCCUCACCCGCCCCCGUCUACUACUUAUCUCCCACCUCGCUCUUAUUCUCUCUCUCUCUCUCUUGUAUAUACGUAUACAUCCUUUUUUCCUUUUUCCUUCAUUCUCUGUUUUCUCUCGUUUCUGCGCCUUUCCCCUCCACGUCUUUCUCUUUCUCUUCCUUCUUCUUCUGUCUCUUCUUUAUCCCGCAACGAUACAUCCGCGAGAGUACAAGCUAGUCGUAACGAGUUCGAGCAGAGUCGACUCCGCGACUUUGUCUCUCCGUCUCUCUCGAACCCUUCUCCGCUCCGUCUUCGUUGCCGCUCUCCUCUUUGCCGUGUGCUUGCUUACGUACACGCGGAAUGCGCCGCCAGGAAUUCUCCCUCACAAUGGGACUGUUGUGUUAGUGAGAGCGGUUCGAGCGUGCGCGCUUCUCCGGCACGUUACGAGAGAGAGAGAGGGAGAGAGCGAUGGACAGACGAACGAACAAACGAACGAACGAGUGAGCGAGCGAGUGAACAGACGGACGGACGGCCUGAAGGAACGUGUGCGCGCGAGACUUGACUCCGAGAGCGCUGAGCGAGUCCGAGAGCCGGAGUCGAGUCAAGAUGGAGCUGCUAGACGCGUCGGGACCGCGCGAGUUCCACGGAUCCGACACUGCGUUUCUCCUUGCCAGCGGCCUCAACCGCCCGCUGCCCGCCUGAUCGUUCCUGUCGCGUAGAGAUCCUCCUUGUCGCCGGAAUAUCCCGCGAGCCCCAACGAGGGAGAACGCGACGCAAGGACACUCUCGGUCUCCCGCUAACUUCACGCCGAAUCGCCGCAAAACGCGUAUGCCGUUCUGCUCGUUCGUUUUCCGUGCCAGAAUCGCUGCAAAUGUGAUUUCGACUGGCAGUGCUCUCUGUCUUCGUAACUAGUGGUUCCUAGUGACAGUGAGAUUUUUGGUAUCGUGCAGAAAGUUCUACACCGGAUUCAGCAGACGUCGUUCAUUGGCCACGCGCGCUGAUGCGUUUUCCGGAAACUUGACGUUCUCCGUACCGCGGUAUCGCCGUGCGAUAUUGCGCUUGCAUGUACAGCUCGCAAUGUCCCUCUCUCUCCUUUCCCGUCUUCCUCUUUCUCUCUUACCACCUUUGUAACGAGAUUACGCCGGUUCUCCACAGUGCAUCUUCGCGGGCCGACGCACAGCAGAGCGUGGUGAUUCUCUCCGGCCGACGAUUACGCUCUCUUUCCGUUGCGCGUGUGGCCGCGCGUGUACAUGUGUACAGUGCAAUAAUGCCUUUGCGCGACGCGAUUGAUCACGCUGCGGCGAAACCGCCAUCGUCGCUCUCGUCGUCGUCGUCUGAAUGAAAAGUGCACUGCGCGGUGCGCGGGACGCGAUUGAACGAUGAAAUAGUGAUGCUCGCCGAUGUCGCGCACCAGCUGUGGGUGGAUUUACCGGUCCCGUAUACUGUCGUCUCGCUCUGCGAUCCUCGACGAAUGAGACAUUCAGUGGAGACGCGAAACAAUUAAAGAGGAGACGACGACGAGUGUUCGCCUAAAAAGAGAAUUUUCGGAGGAGGAUGCUCGGCAGUUGGGGCUGGGAAGAAGAAUUGGAGUUGGGAGAGGGUACGACAGCCCCGUCGCACGAGAGACAAAGAAAAGAGAGCCCAGACUCGACGCAUCCUGUUCCCGACAGCCGGGUGCUGAGGUAUGCACCCAGCCGAUGUCACCACCCUCCCAGCUACAGCUCGCCACAUUUCAGCACGCAGCCUCCUCUCGACUGUACGGACUAGCAGCGUGAGGUGGCCAAAAUGCUGACUGCUCACCCUGAGAUGCACGAGAAGCGGGACAGCCUUGGCAGCGGGCAAUAUGGGGCGGGCGGGGGUGGUGGCGCUUCGAUUGAGGAGAAAUCUAUUCCGGAACAACCACCCCCGCCUCCCGCACCGCCACAACGAGACCCGUCGGAUCCCACAAUCAGCGCUAAGAAGCUUCCAAAGAAACGAAAAUUCGAUCCAUCCGAACUCGAGGAAAUGGACAAAACCAGCAACGUCACCAGCAACAUCAACAACAUGGUCAGCAUACGCGCGCCAACCAUGCCGCUUGCCGGCCAGCCGCCGGCUUUGGGUCAGCAAUCGAGCUUACCAACAACCACCACCAGCCGACAAUCACCACAGCAGCAGGAAUCUGAUUGUUAUCAAAUGUCCUCGGCUCAUUCGGUAGUGGUGUUACCUCCUCAGAGCACAGCGGUCGAUUACUCUCUUCGCGAGGAACCUUUACGUUCUCGUCCCCGGCUUGCUAUUGAUCUCAGUGAAUGGCGCGACCAUAGGGUGUUAGCUUUAAGGGAUUCAUAUUAUUAUCCGGGUGUUAUACGUAAUGUUGUUCAUGGUGAGAUUUUCAUUGAGUUCGACGGUGAGAGGAAGCUAGUGCGUUACAGUGACAUUCUGGGCGCGAGAAGGUACGAUGUGGUAGGCGACGCGAGCCCUUCUCUCGGGCAGGUGACUUUGGAUACGAAAGUUUGUAUCAGGUGCCCGAACGUGAACAGUCACGUGGACGCGACCAAGUUUGUAAAGGGGACAGUGUGCAAGAUAUUAACGAAGCCUUCUCGUUUUCUUGUGAAAAUACCACGGGACGACGAUCAGAGUGAGAGUUACCUUGUGAAGCGCGCGGACUUGCGGCUAAUACAGCCACCAUGGGCGGACGAGUUGGAGGAGGGGCUGGAGGACUGCGAGGGUCCUUCGAGGGUCGAGACCAUCGAACACGGGUAUCGCAAUGCCACGGAAGCUCCGACUGCAGUGCCAAUUUUGCAAAUUCAUCAUACUCCUCAUCACGCAUCGCAUAUAUCAACUCAUAACGACACGAGCUACUAUAGAACGACUGGUACCAGCCCACUCAUGACUCUAGGCAAUCCUGCGCAUUCUGCCACAGCGUUAACUAACGGCAACCGGCCGUACGACGAUUUGGAAAGCGAGGAUGACUUGGACAGGGAGGACAUUACAUUUCCCUCGGACGCAGAUGCAAAAUUGUCAGGGAGCAGCAAAAGAAGCAGCAUGCAGAGCCGGGGAAGUACCAGUAGCCUAGUUGAACAACGUAGUAUAACGCCUCGUUCUCAGGCAGCCACACCCAGAUCUCAGGCGGCAACGCCACAUAGGUAUAAAAAGGGUGACGUAGUGGCUACACCAAGCGGAAUUAGAAAAAAAUUCAAUGGAAAACAGUGGCGCAGGCUUUGUAGUAAGGACGGAUGUUCCAAAGAGAGCCAACGAAGAGGAUACUGUUCCCGUCACCUUAGUUUAAAAGGAUCUGGUCUUAGGGGUCCGACGAACACGUUUCCUAGCAGUAAGAUGGACGGCGAAGAAACGUCGAGAGACUCCGAUACUUCACCGAACUACGCUGACAGAAGAAUAGCGGGUAGAUUCGACCAGGAGGAAACCGAAGCUGCUAAUAUGCUUGUGUCUUUGGGGAGCUCCAGAUCGGCUACUCCUUACUCGCCGACGACGGGACAGUCUUCUAUAUCCCCGUGCAUAAACCAGUCGCCGGUGCCGCCGUUAGGCCUUAACCAGAACAAUGUGUUUAUGCCUAUCUCGAGUCCCGCUCAUCACGCGACUCCGUUGAUUUCGCCUGGCGCGAAGUGGAAACACUCACCCACGCAGCCCAACUAUUUGGUUCAGUAUCCGCAGCAAGUGAUAAAGCCCGAGCCGAAUCGCGUGGUUAGAUCAAGUAGGCCGGCACCGACGGCGCCCGUCCCCGCCAGCAUAGGGACAAGCGUGAUAAGAAUCUCCCCGGUGAGCCGCAGCAUGCAGCACGGACAAAAUCUGACGUGGUCGGAGCAGAGUCCGCCACCAACGAGACAUCCAUCAGUCGUGACGUCGAUCGCUCAGCAGCAGCAAGGCAUAAUUCUGCAGCACGCGCUUACGUCGAGCAACGACUUUCCCAAUCACGCCGAAAUAUGCGAGCAGAGCUCGCAAUUGGUAAAACCGUCGCACUCGCCCCACUUGCCUCUACCCGCGGCCCCGGCGCCGCAGAACUUGACGCUUAUACACAAGCCGCUGCCGGAACAGCCGGUUGACUACGCGCAGCCGCAGUCCCAGACUCAGCCGAUUUACGUGAUGCAGCAUCAACACGAAAAAAAGUAUUUCGUGAUAAAGAACAGUAUGGACGUAUCGGCGCCAGCGAGCACGCACAUAAGCAGCAACCACGAUGACAAGUACAGACAGGGUCUGAUGAACCACCUGAGUCUGCCGACAUCCACGUUGCAUCAAGUUCAGUGUCAACAACCGCCCCAGUCACCCGCGAUUUCAUCCGUCCACAUCGACAAGCUGUCCGUUCUGCAGCCCGUGAAUAAGGUAGGCGCGCAUACGACCGCACAUAUGGACAUGCAAAGAAAUCAGCCGCCGCCUACGAGCGCUAUAAUGACAUCCACCACAGAGGCGUCCAGUCCAUCUACUCCGACAAGUGUCUUCCAGCACGUAAUUGUUCAGCCCGGACAUUUGGUGCAGAUUCCGAAAGCUCAACCCACCAGGGAAGAGAAUGCCAAGAACAACGGUAUCCUCUAUGGCAGCCACGAAGUUCCUCCUGCAUACCAGCCCCAUCCCCCAUCAUUACUGAACAAUGCAGCAAUGCGCAACUGGAAAAAAGCUUUUUCCUGGCAGACGACAGUUCUGGAACAAUCAGAGGUGAGCCCUCCUCCUUCUGCUCUGAGCCCACCCCUGAGCGCACCUCCAAUACCAAUAAGUAUGAGCACACCUGCUGAAGAUGGCCCUGGUACUGGUUCAGAUCCCAUAACACCAGCCGAAGAAGAGGACGACGAUGUUUUCGAAGCAGAACAGACUCCACCCGCAGAAGUGGAAGCUAACGCUAAUAAACGACGCAGCCAAUCGCUUAGUGCUUUACAACCACAAACUCCGUUAAAGACUAAAGACAGAAUACGACGGCCCAUGAACGCAUUUAUGAUUUUUUCGAAACGGCAUCGCGCCGUUGUGCAUCAACGUCAUCCGAAUCAAGAUAAUCGUACGGUUUCGAAGAUAUUAGGAGAGUGGUGGUACGCAUUGGGACCAGAGGAAAAACAAAAGUAUCAUGAACUCGCUUCGGAAGUGAAGGAGGCGCACUUUAAGGCGCAUCCGGACUGGAAGUGGUGCAGUAAGGACAGGCGGAAAUCGUCAACGACGAGUUUCAAAGGAAGCGAGACUAGGAGCAAAUUGAAUAGCACGGGAGAAGAGACGGAUCCCCUGCAGGGAUCUUCCUCGGACGAUCCGUUGAUAAUCGCGCCUGCCGACGAAGUAGCCACUCCAAUCACUACUACGUACAGUGAAACUUCCACUAAUAUUGAGAUUAUGAACCAGUCACAGCCGCAACAUCGGAUCUCGGAGAUCCCUCUGCAAGUUGAAAACACAGAGGUUGACGUGAAACAGGAUGACGAUGCAAAUGGAUCGGAUGACGAUCAGAUGGUAAUUUGCGAAGAUCCCCAGCUGGAAAUAGACUUGAAGUGCAAGGACAAAUUGACAGAUAGCGAUAAUGACGUGCAGGACGAGGACGCGGAGAAGAAGUGUUUCAAUCGCUCGCAAUUCUCCCCCGUCAGCCAAAAGAGGGAAUUGAUCAAUGUUAAACAGGAAAUAACGUGCCGGCCGAAACCGAUAAAAGCACGGAUACCUUCAACAGGUAUAGAAUCUACAACAAAGUAUCAACAUACUUCCAUGGAUAAAGGCGGUACUGUAUCAGUUUUGUCGAGUACGUAUCCUUAUCACAGUCCUGUCAAUCCAACAGGAGUGUCAGGGUUCCAACCUACCGGCGGUGCUUUCAUAACUAUGCCAAUAUCGCCGAAAGUUAUUAAGCCGGAACCGGUAAAGAGCGAGCAGCAGUACAGCACACAGUACAGUGUGAGCAAUCUCGUGAGCAUCCACACUGAGAACGGACGGAAUAUGCCUAAGUUUACAGCAGCCCCGGUAUUACACACUAUUGGAUCGAAACCUAUGAUGGCGCUGUUGAAACAACAGCAGCCGUUGCAGUCUUUAGGCACUACUCUUCGUCCCCUUACUUCAACUGUCCCUUAUCAACCACCGUUCACUCUAACAUUGCUCGAUAACGAUUUGGUGGCUGUUUCCAAACCGCAGCAGGGAUCGCAGUACCUUAACCCGACACCGCCGCAUCCCAGGAUGUACAGUGGAUUCCAAAUACCUAUCACCGACGCCGGUAGCCGCAACAACUCCAUAUCCGUGCAAAGUUUGGUCUCCAAUAACAAGAUGGAGAUUCAGAGCGUGAUUGUGAGCAAACCUUAUCCCGUUUCGACUAAUUCCACCACAUCGACUUACCGAGGGAUCGGGCACUCCAUUGCUCGUCUCGCUGAAUCCGAGAACAAUGACAAUCAGCUGGCUGCGAAUCACGCUCAAUUUUACGUCAGUAAUAUAAAAACUGAAGACAGAAAGGAAACCAUUAACGUUCUUCCUGCAACAAAUGAGAAACAUAAGCAACCGUCGACGCCUCAUACACCGCAAACGCCUCAGAAUAAUCACGGGAGCAGUGAUCUGUCGUCGAACAAGUCGUAUACGUUCGACGAAGGCCAGAGCAAUGACGUAGGUCCGAAUAAAGGUCCGUUUAUGCUUGCUCCAACUCCGGCACAACUUGGUCGAGCACCGCUGCAAAGGAGACAAUCGAUGGCAAUGCCUCCCGCAUCAACUGCAGGAGACCAUGGGCCAAUGGCAACAUCUCAGCAUUGUGAUACUCGACCACAACUCAACACAUUACAAACGGCAGAGCAGGCACAACAGCAGAAUUUGGUAGAAUCUCAUACUUCCCCUUCUCCCUCUACUAAGAAGGGUUCUUUCUUCAAAAAGAACGUGGAGGAUGGUAUGGACAGAGUUCUCGAACAAGUGAACUUUCAAGAAAAAUUUUCCUCCUUGCCGGAAUUCAAACCGGAGGAUAUACAGAGUCCAAGUGCGAUCAGUAUAAACACCGCGGGUUCAUCUAGCCAUAGCAGUGUAGCUUCCGGAUUACAUUCGCAAACAUCUAUGCAGAUGCCAGGUUAUCGAAAGAAACCUGCACAAGGACCUCAUAGGCCCAUAAUGAAUGAGGAUGAGAUUGAUUCGGACACAUCAGCCACUCCAAAGAACACCUCGAGCGUCAAGUUGACAGGCAACACUUUCUUCGGGCCGGAUUUUAACGUCGACGCUUAUAAAGCCAAUAAUGAUCUACUGGAUGUCGAUGCCAGCUCCCCGCCAAAAACUCCCGGAAGCGGUACUGGGAAUGCCGUAGGAAUGGGUAGAAGCGACAACGAGCGUGGCCACAGGAAGAUACUGGAGCAACGGAGGCACUUGGUCAUGCAGUUGUUUCAGGAACACGGUUACUUUCCAUCCACCCAAGCUACUUCCGCGUUUCAAGCUAAGCAUGCGGAUAUAUUUCCUACCAAGAUGAGUUUGCAACUGAAGAUACGAGAGGUUCGGCAAAAGUUGAAAGCCAAUUCGACCCCGAUGAGUGCCAACAGCCUCGUCAGUCCAUUGCCAGUCUCGGAAUCUUCGCCGGUUGUAACUGGUCCAUUAACUGCUCCUCCAACAUCGAUGGGAGCUCCACAUUCACUGCCUGUAAGCAGUAGUGGUAGCUAGCACCCACGUGCCAACUGUGAUACUAUGCAUCCCCUUACUCCGCAACAUGAAUACAUCAUUAUCCUUUGAAGAGCAAGGUGUUUACUAGGGAAAUCGUUAGUGCGCACUCUCUUCGAAACUUGUAAAGUACUGCGAAAGGUUUUAGUGCAAUUUUAAAUUUCGGUCUGGUGCAAGAGAGAGAGAGAGAGUAAAUUAACGGACGUGUCGAGACGUGUCGAUGCAUAAAUAUUAGUGACAGUUGACUUUCUGUGUAACGUCGAGAUGCUAACUGCUUGCCAAGUUGCUCUCUUGGAGUGUGUUCAGGUAAUUGUGUUUAAUUGAACGGUGAUAUGACACGAUACUUCGCAACAGUUAACACUUUCGUAUGUAAAUUUAAUAUUAACUGGAACUAUGCGUAUUGUAAUAUGUAACUGUACAGGAAAGCAACACAAGCGUGUUUAAACGGUAUCGAUGAGUCUCGUGUGAUUCGCACGAGACGAGCUCUCUUCUCCGAAACGGAGGAACAACACUGCACUGCAUUGCAUUUCUAAAUUUGAGAAUAAUAAUGAAUGUAAGAUUAUUACAUUUAAAAAUUACUGCUCGCAUUCUCUUGCGCAAUUUUCACUUUUAAUUGCGCAUCCGGUGAUAUUUGUACGUCAACACGUCUCGCAUGCUUCACGAAAGGCCUAAGCCAUUGUUAAAUAUUGUUGAAAAUAUGAAAUUCAUAGAGGGAAAGAGACGGAGAAUAAGAGAAAGAGAAUUGGAAACAUUAUGCAACAUAGGACUAAUAGAGCAUUAUAAAAUGAGAUCAGAGUUUAUAUACUUUAGUUAUAUCACUUUACAUCUCAUGUAAAUCUCUCUAAAAAAGGUAAAAACUAUAGAACGAGAACUGCACAAAAUUUAUGUAAUACAAUCAUCGGAGAUGUUCAUUUCGCUUGUAAAUAUUAUAGAGAAUGAUCGCGAACCGGAGGAUAUCUGAAAAUAGUUGAAGCAUCUGCAAUUCUCUAUCUAAAGAACUGUAAGAACACUGCAUUCUUUCUUGAUUCAUAAAUUAUAAUACCAGAGAUAUAAAAGAAAUAAAAUCGUGCCAUUGUGCGGCGACAAAGCGAAGGGAAUGCAUGCACAUAUAAUUCUCUUACUAGUGAAGGAAUAUAACUGUUAGACAUCUCUUGAUAUAGAUAAUAUGUAAUAUGUUUCCGACAUUAUUGAAAGUACUUAUUCUACUGUUUUUUAGAGCUUUGCUAAGAUUCAAUGCGUUAAUCCAUAUUUUACGAGUGUUUUAAAAGCGGUCCAUUUUUUUUCUUUUUUUUUCAUUAAUUUUUUUGUUUGUUCUAUUUAUCCUUAUUUGGCCUUAGAUUUAAGGGCUUUUAAACAGGCCGUGAUUUUUUUUUCUUUUUUUUCGGCCGUGACAAAUAAACAUUUUAUUGUUAUCUUUACUGCACGUUUCGAGUACUUAAUAUAUGCACUACAAGAGAGAUAAGAACAAAAUCGACUCAUUAUUUUUUACAAUUCGUACAUAUUGGUACCAGUGAGUUGAACAUGACAAUUGCCAUGUGUCAUUAACAGGACCAGUAGGAACGUACUAAAAGAAAAAACUCAUGUACACUUUAAUUAAAAAGAGUAAAGAUUUAUGCUGCAUGUAAUGUAUUUGUACAUUAUAUUGGGCAGGAUCAGUGUUGUUAUAUAUCGUGUUUUUUAAUGGAUUUGUUUUUUGUUACACGAACGAUAUGACGUAUCGGGUCUGUUUUAACAUCUUCUUCUUUUACUGACCCAACGUUUUCGCCUUUUUUAUAUUGUUAAAGCUCUCAGAAUUAUCGCGUCGAAUUUUAGCAAAGAUUGUUGAAUUUGGCUGUAAAAUAGAUUGUGUAAUUAGUGAUAUGUUUAUAAAAAGAAAAGCGCAUUUCGACAGGUUGAAGUCUCGCGCUACGGCACGUAUAUCGUAGUUAGGAUAUGAGACAGUGUCUAUUCUACAUAUUUUGUAAAUAGGAAACGCGUACGAUAUGCUAACUAAGAAUAUAUAUAUAUGUAAAUUUAUAUGUUGUGUAUAUUACAUAUAUAAAUUUAUAUAUAUGUAUAUAUAUAUAAAAUAUAUAUAUAUAAAAUUUAGAUUAUGUAUACAAUAUGGAGGUGGUAGAGUAUAUGAUAUUGUAAUUUGUAGAAUGAUAAUUAUAUAUGAAGAAAAGCGCAGGCAGGAUUUUAAGUUUAGAGUAAUUGCAGAUUAUGGGCCUUCAUCUGUAGUGGACUCUUGUGCUCGGGACGGUCCUCCCACCCUUCUCCAAAGUUACUCCUUUCCUAAAGCGUUAGGAGAGACUAUUGUUUGUACAUAAUAUAAUUAUAUUAUUGUCCUAUCGUCUCUUGAUUUAUUCUUUUUUAUCAAGCGUUAAGCGCACUAGUGGCAAACGACGUAGCGUAGAAAGAGGGAAACUUAAAGCCUGGAUUGAUCCUGUAACGCUUUCGUAUAUCGCUAGGGUUACUUAAUUAACGUUUCUAUUCUAUAUCUGCGAGAGAACUCGCUUCAGACUUUUAUCGCAGAGCAUUUUAAUACGUUUUGGAAAUGGUUUUUAUGGUUGCGUUUCGUGCGAGCAAUCAGAAUCCGAAGAAUAUCGGGGUGCAUUCGUGCGUUUGUCCCGCGCAUUGCAAACUGUUAGCUGGAAUAACCGAGUUUGUACAUGUAAUUCGGCUAGAUUCUAAAUGAAAUUAUAAUCUAUCGCGUCCGACAUGAGAUUCAUAGAAUCUUUUAAAAAGAUUAAGAUAUUUUAUCGUAAAAUAUUUUAAAUAUAAAUGCUCAAGUGUAUUUUUAUGCUACAUGCCCGUGAAAUCUGUUUUACACGGGAUCUAAUGGAUUGAUCUUGUCGAAUAUAUCUGUGUGAUUAAAUUGCUCAUCAUCAACAAAGAAAAAUUCGUCUGUCAACAGAUAUCAUUAAUGCAUUAAGUGUCAUGAAGUCAUUUAUCUGUGCGCGCGCUCCUCGUAAAAAUCUUUUUAAAAACGAUGUGUCUCGUUUGUAACGCGCUAUUCGUCGUUUUAGAUGAAGCAGGAUCUUGACAGGGUUUGAAUAUCUCUCACACUAUCCCAUCUCAAAGAAUUAAUACAAAAAGAUACUAUAUUUUGUACUUGCGUAAACUAGCGAACUACUUUCCAGUAUUUAUAAGAUUCUUAAAAAUGCUUUGAUAUAUAUACAUACAUAUAUAUAUAUAUAUCUUCUUCCCCCUUUAUUUCACAUGGUGAUGAAAUACGUUCCGUGAUUUAGCAGCCAUGAAUGUGACUGUGAUCUAGGAAAACAGAAGUAAAGUAAAAGUGGCGGCUACUCUACUGACUAUUUCUUCACCACAUGACUUUCUUCCCGUGUGUGUUCCCUUCCUCUUUAUAUUUCUUCCUCAAUUUAUAAACGAAUAUGCACUAAAUCGAGCGCUUCUUUACACCACUCUCUUCUUUUUUUUUUUCUUUUUUUUUUAUUAUUUGCGUUAGACAUAUUUUUACUAUGCUUAGCUACGCUACGAUUUAUCGUAAUAUUCAUUAUUCUAUUAUUUCUUGUUUAAUUUUGAAAUAUUUUUAAAACUGUUAUGUAAUUAUAUAUCAGUCAAGAUUAAUGUUAUGGAAAUAUACGAAGCAUACAAAAGUAAAUACCAUAUAGAUAGAAGUCGUAAACAGUGACUCUAUAUGUAUCCAUGCAGUAAAACUUCACGUCGGACAUCGACGCAUUGUACGCGAUGUACGUGCAUAUACAUGUGUGGGGGUAAUAAAAUAUGAGUAUAGAUAUAAAUAUAAAUAUAUAUAUAAAUAUAAAAAUAUAUAUACAUAAAUGUAUAAAAAAACCUAUUAAACGCAAUCGCAUAUAUGACGUCAUGGCAUAUAUUACAUGUAUCAUAGGAAAACAAUUAUAUAUAUAUAUAUAUAUAUAAAAUAUAUAUAUAUAUAUAUUUGGCUGAGGCAUUAAAAUCUGUACCAAUCCAACGAGAUAGAUAAUCCGCUUUAUACCCUGAGACGUGAUCGACUACUACUAACAGCAUCCCUUGUAAUCCAUUUCAGUGUCAAAGCAAUAUCGCUGAGGCGUAUUAAGUAUAAAUUGUAUCGGUGCACUUGUAAGCUUCACGGAACAUUAUGUUUAAAGACAGAGGAAGCGAUACACGCGUGUGGACAUUAUUUUAGUAGCUUCGGUAUAAUAUAAAGGGGUGCAUUAGAUUAUUAUCGAUGUUAGAGAGAAAUUACUUUAGAGAGAUUUUUUUCUACUACUAUGUACUAUUGUAAUUGUUUAUUAUCGAUUUUUACCAUUGUGCCUGCGUCAGUAUCUCGGGACUUACGACAUUUGUUUUGACACAUUAUGCUCAAUGUGAACCGAGUGCAUUUUUGCGGAUAAACCGAUGGCGAUUGGCAGAUUUUAACACCGAUGCCCCUAUAUGAGAACCAGUUGUUGGACCAAAUUGCCGGCACACGGCCGUUUUGACUUAGAAAUGCGUUAAUUUUUCUAAGGAAUGACUCGAGUGAGAGCA